AUUUUCAAUUUUAUUAUUCUUUAAGACAUACAUUUAUGGUGUGUGUGUCUGUGUGUGUAAUGGUAUGCAUGUGCGUCAUGGCACGCCUGAGUAGUUCUGAGGACAACAUUCAGGACUCAAUUCUCUCCUUGCACCACGUGUGUCCUGAGCAUCAAACUCAGGUGGUUAGGGUUAGCUUGGACUUCCUGAACUGUCUCUGCUGACCAGCCCUGGAAUCUUGGGGUUCAAGUGCUCAGGAUAGGAUCCAAAGGGAAGGAGAUGUUCUCUCUAUUGUAAAGCUGUCUGUCUGUUGGUUCCGUGGGCACUUGACAGCUCCUUUCCCCUACUGGAUCCCAAGCCAGAACCUCCAAUGCCCGGUACUUAGCAUUUCAGGAUCCAGACUGUGGUCUGUCCACCGUCCCUGCCUUCCUUACUUCCUUCUAACACUGAGCAUUGUGACUGUGCUCUGGGCCAGGUUCUGGGGUUAGAGUGGUCCAGGCAAGGGUUCUGCCUGACAUAGGACACACACUGGAGUGUGAAAGGCCAACCAUCAGUAUGCAAACAUGGAGAUAGUUUGUCAAGCCGAUAAGAUUGCUCAGAAGUCUAAAAUAGGGCACGCAGAUAAGUGACUUGCAUGGAAAGAGGUCUUGGACCACACAAAGGGGCAGCCAUACAGAGACCGUGGUGAUGAGAGCGUUAGCUAGGGGAGGGGAGCGCAGGACACCGAUGUAAGACUAUAUCUCUGCAAAGAAAACAGUAAGUGUGAGGUAUGUUCUAGACGCAGAACAUCGUGGCCAGAACAGAAUGAGCUAUGUCCAACGGUUAGGACUGAGGAAGAUUUCCGUGCAAAUAAAAGAUGUUUUCGGGCUUAAGCUGCCGGAGUGCUGCCUCCAGGGAAUGAGCUUCCCAUUAAUGGAGGCGCAUCAGAGGCUGCCUGCUGUGGGGGUUACGGAGAAUGUCUGGAACAUCGGUCCCUCAACAUCUUCAAGUUCAGGAGCAUCUUUGGUUUGGUGGAAGAUGGGAUGGAGUCUUCGGAGGGAAUGAAUCAAAGCUGUAGGUUGUCGCGUCCCAGUCAGGGGUCAGCGUCAGGGUUUUCGGCAGUCCCUGAUCUCCUACUUCCAAGUUCCAAUAGCACACUUUCAGGAGAGUCCCACCAGGAAUCCAGGAAUCUUUCAGCUUCUCAGUCCCCCAGUGUCGUGCGCCCUAUGAUUCAGGAACCUUUGCGGGCAGGUGGGCUUCUCCCUUCAUUCUCUGGGAUCCCCAGGACCUGCCCCACCCUGCGCCUUUGUUCAGGAGGAGCCGCCCCGGGGCAAUACCCUGACAGCGCGGACACGAGCAUCCCUCAGGGCGUUCGACGAUUAGUACCGCCGUAUCCCAAACCCAGCCCGGUCUCCCGCUGCUGCGCGGUGGGCGCCGCUGGGACCCAGCUCCGAAAAGCCCCGAGGGACGGGAGUGCGGGAUCUAGCGGACUAGGGCAGAGACUGCGUGUGCGCGCUCCGUAGGCCGGGGGCGCGCCCGCCAGGUGUGCGAGCGGCCGCCGGCGGGUGGCAGGGCGCAGCUUUGUGCCGGCCGGUGUGCGCGUGUGCGCGCCGCGGUGACGGUGCACGCGGCUGGGCGGGCUGCGAGGGAACCCCGCGUUGAGGAGGAGGGGGCUCGGUCCUGAUGGAGAGCUGUGGGCGCCGCGCCGACCAGCGCGCGCGUUGGGUGAGCCGGCAGGACUGACUAUUGACAUUCUGUCCACGUCGGGAGUGUGGGAAGGAAGCAGGAGCUGGCCAACAGCUCGGAUGUGACCCUCCCAGAUCGGCCACUGUCCCCUCCUCUCACUGCUCCCCCGACCAUGAAGUCUGCGGAGUUCUUCGAGAUGCUGGAGAAAAUGCAGGGAAUCAAGCUUGAAGAGCAGAGGCCAGGACCCCAGAAGAACAAGGAUGACUAUAUCCCGUACCCCAGCAUUGAUGAGGUUGUGGAGAAGGGAGGCCCAUACCCUCUGAUCAUCCUGCCUCAGUUUGGAGGCUACUGGAUUGAGGACCCAGAGAACGUGGGUACUCCAACGUCACUGGGCAGCAGCGUCUAUGAGGAGGAGGAAGAGGACAGCCUGAGCCCCAACACAUUCGGCUACAAGCUCGAGUGCAGGGGUGAAGCCAGGGCCUACCGCAGGCACUUUCUAGGCAAGGAUCAUCUAAACUUUUACUGUACUGGCAGCAGCCUGGGGAAUUUGAUCCUGUCCAUCAAAUGCGAGGAAGCUGAGGGCAUGGAGUACCUUCGGAUCAUCCUCAGGUCCAAACUGAAGACGGUGCAUGAGAGAAUCCCCUUGGCUGGAUUGAGCAAGUUGCCCAGUGUCCCUCAGAUUGCCAAGGCUUUCUGUGAUGAUGCAGUGGGGCUGAAAUUCAACCCUGUUUUGUACCCCAAGGCCUCCCAGAUGAUUGUGUCCUAUGAUGAGCAUGAUGUCAACAAUACUUUCAAGUUUGGGGUCAUUUAUCAAAAAGCCAGGCAGACCCUGGAGGAGGAGCUAUUUGGGAAUAAUGAGGAGAGCCCAGCUUUCAAGGAGUUUUUGGAUCUCCUGGGAGACACCAUCACACUGCAGGAUUUCAAAGGUUUCCGAGGAGGCCUGGAUGUGACCCACGGACAGACAGGGGUGGAGUCGGUGUACACCACUUUCCGGGACCGGGAGAUCAUGUUCCAUGUGUCUACCAAGCUGCCCUUUACGGAUGGUGACACCCAGCAGCUGCAGAGAAAGCGGCAUAUUGGGAAUGAUAUCGUGGCCAUCAUCUUUCAAGAAGAAAAUACACCGUUUGUCCCAGAUAUGAUCGCAUCAAACUUCUUACAUGCCUACAUUGUCGUUCAGGCUGAUAACCCCGGCACAGAGACCCCAUCCUACAAGGUAUCAGUCACUGCUAGGGAAGAUGUGCCUGCCUUUGGUCCCCCUCUGCCAAGCCCGCCUGUUUUCCAGAAGGGCGCAGAAUUCCGGGAGUUUCUGCUCACCAAGCUCACGAACGCAGAGAAUGCUUGCUGCAAGUCGGACAAGUUCGCCAAGCUGGAGGACCGGACCCGGGCUGCUCUCCUGGACAACCUUCAUGAUGAACUCCACACACACACUCAGGUCAUGCUAGGCAUGGGCCCGGAGGAGGACAAGUUCGAGAAUGGGGGCCAUGGAGGAUUCCUGGAAUCUUUUAAGAGGGCCAUCCGUGUGCGCAGCCAUUCCAUGGAGACCAUGGUGGGUAGCCAGAGGAAGCUGCAUGGCGGGAACCUCCCUGGCAGCCUCAGCGGGGGCAUUGUCCACAACAGCAUGGAGGUCACCAAGACCACCUUCUCGCCUCCAGUGGCCGCAGCAACCGCGAAGAACCAGUCACGGAGCCCCAUCAAGCGGCGGUCGGGACUCUUCCCCCGCCUGCACUCGGGCUCUGAAGGCCAGGGAGACAGCCGGACACGAUGUGACAGUGCCUCCAGCACCCCCAAAACCCCAGAUGGCGGACACUCUUCUCAGGAGAUAAAGUCUGAGACCUCGUCAAAUCCCAGCUCUCCAGAAAUUUGUCCCAACAAAGAGAAGCCCUUCAUCAAGUUGAAGGAGAAUGGCCGUGCCAACAUCUCCCGCUCCUCCUCCAGCACCAGCAGCUUCAGCAGCACAGCAGGGGAGGGCGAGGCCAUGGAGGAGUGUGACAGUGGGAGCAGCCAGCCAUCCACAACCUCGCCCUUCAAGCAGGAGGUGUUUGCCUACAGCCCAUCCCCGAGCAGCGAGAGCCCCAGCCUGGGGGCUGCCGCCACGCCCAUCAUCAUGAGCCGGAGUCCCACAGAUGCCAAAAGCAGAAACUCCCCGAGGUCCAACCUGAAAUUCCGCUUUGAUAAACUCAGCCAUGCUAGCUCCAGUGCGGGUCACUAAUGUGAAAGUGAAGACCUUCCCUUAUCCAAGGGAAGUGUGGAUUCUGGCCUACAGAAGGCUCCUAAUUCCAGCAGUUUGGGGGUGCCAUCCACUACUCUGACCGUUUAGGCCUGCUGUCUCACUGGCCACCUGCCCAGCGCACCAGCUGUCUGUUCCACGUCCUGACCUGGCCAUGACCUUGCCAGAUCCUUCUCCAGACCUGAAAGCCCCAACCUGUGCUUCUGACCUCCUGAUGUGACCGGCUAUCUGAGUCAACUAGCAUCUUGUUUUACAUGCAGGAAAAGAUCUGGGCAAGGGGGACUCUGAGUCCCAGGGGGCUCAGCGAGAAGCUAGGGAGCUCGUCUGCCCCAGGGACAGAGAGGGUUGUGUGGUGGGGAGCAGAGGUAACUGCAGAAUGGUGGGUGGGUACUGUCUGUCUUGGGUCGCAGUGCAGUGCCUUCCUGGACUGCUUUUCCAGGAAUAUCCCAGUAUCCUCUGGGUUGAAUCUUACUGUAUUUCCGACACAUCUGCCAGCCCAGGCCUAGGGAGCUCUGUCACUUCUGCCAGGGCCCCCUCAAGAGGCUCAGGCUGGUGGACGCUCCCAGUCAGAGCUAGGUGUUCUAGAACCCGGCUGCAUGCUCCCUUGACUGUAGUCUCAAGGUUUUUUCCUUUCUAAUUCUACACAAGCUGCUGAUUAUCUAUGUGGUUGGAGGAGCCCUGGUAGUGGGCAUCCAGGAGUGUGGAGUCCAAGGUGAACACAAGGCCAGUGCAGGAGCCUCUGGGUGAGAAGGCUCAUUAGGGGUUCAGGUCUCCACUUGUGUGAGAAUUUGGAAAAGACAUAGUUUAAGCCAUGUCUUAGGUGAGAGAGGGGGGAGAUGUAGUGGAGAGUGUCUUGGCAGUUUUUGGUCAGCCAAGUGUGUGGUGGUUGAAUUUAGUGUUGGAAUCAAUACAGUGUUCUUCCACCUCUGAGGUCCUGUUACCCGUGAGGGGACCAGUACUGCCCAGGGACUGAUUCUAGGCUCAGUCCCCUAGUCUUCAUCCUUCCAUCUCCAACUGCAGGUUUUUAGGCCAUUGUCCCAUCUUCAGGGCCCCUGGAAGCCCAGACCCCACGAGCCUGCGCUUUAAGCCACAGGCCAUCUGUACUCCUUGUCAUGGCUGCCUUCUCUGGGUGAGCCAGCCCAUCCUGAAGACUGAGAAGCUGUCUUUGGCUCCUCAGUCUUCCAGGUUUGCAGGAAGGUUCUGCUGCUGGGUGUAGAAUAGAGCAUCCAACAGGCUAAACGCUGGCUCUACACAGCAGGCACUUGAAGAUCCCACCUCAUUAAGUACACAUGGGUCUGUGGCACAGGGCUGCUUGGUUCUGGGCUCCUGUGUCAUCGAGCAGAUGACAAGAAUUUCCAACCAAGUGCUUUGCCUGCAGAGGCUCCUAUUCCCAAGCCAAAGUACAGAAGGGUGGAACAGCCUUUGGGGCUGGUAUAGUAACUGUUUCUGCUGCCUUUGUCAUCUGAGCACAGUUUUGGUCCUUCAUCCCCCACGCACUUGCGUGCAGCCAGGGGAGGGGGAGCUCAUCCCUCACUCCACUUAGGAAACCUGCUUACGUGAAAUACUAGUCUGGUAAGAUUUGUUCUAGUUAGAAGGUCAACAGAAUAUCUGUUUAUCUUUUAUUAAAAGCCAGCGUAGCGGCAGCCGGGGCUGGAAGAAGGCGGGUGGAUUCUGGCAGUGUUCUGCUGGCAGGUUUCUGCUUGAACUUGAAAGGUCAAACCGUGUUUUCUUUGAAACUAUUACAGGACUCUGGCUCCCUUCUCUGUGUUGGGCAGUUUUCCCCACUUGGUGAUUGUGCUAUGUUGUAUUGUGGUCUGGGGCUCUUCAGGGGCUUUCAGGUUGUCCCACGCUGUCUGGAAACCUUAUAAGCCUCGUCCCCACUGCUUUGGCUACUCUGCCUGCAGGCAUUACCUCUGGGCUGGAUGACUGUGUGCUGAGGAACUGAGAGGCCCUGGCUGUGGUCCUCACCCUUGGUUUGCUGCUGAGGUACUCUGGGCAGGAUAUGAGAUGCCCCUGCCCUCUGCUCAUGCCUCUCUCUAUCUAAUAGGUCAUCCUGUGGCUUCCAGAGUAGGUACCGCCAGCCCAGCUCAAGUUCUCUGCUUAACGGGAGUAGAAUAAUGGCAGGGCCCAGUCUCCUCUCAGCCCUCUGGGCUGGAGGCUGUUCCUCCACACUCUGAUCCAGUCUUUCCUUUCAUGGCUGUACCAAGUCUUAGGGCUCCGAGCCUUGCUGAGGCCCCUUCAUGUGACUGAGCCUCUGUAGCCGAUACUUCUGCUUGGAUGUGGGGGGACAUUUCCACUGUUACUUCCACAAGGGGUUCUCCUGGUCACAACUCUGGAAACUAUAUUUUGCAGGUGUUAAUAGGCAUCCAGAUGCCCCCAGCUCUGUUGAUACACUAAAGCAGAUGUGGGAGGGCUCCAGAUAGAAGGCCUUAGCCAGAGUUUCUCUCUCUGUGAUAAUGAAUGUCAAAUGGUGUUUCUUGGAAAACCAUCUGGACUUCAGUUUUGUGGGCCCUUUUUGAUACUCAAGCCUCCUAGGCCCUGUUUGCAUCUCAACAGACCAUGUCAUCCUCCAGAUGAACAGAAAGAACUUGCCUGAGGCCACACAGCCGCCUUGAGCCCGUUCCUGCAUACCAACUGUACUUACUGUUGGCACAGCAAGCAGUUGCAUUUCCUGGAGCCUGGGUUUUGAGGAAGCCUGGUAGCUGGGGUCUCUGCACUGGCGGGCAGGUGCUGAGGUCCGAGGUAUUGAUAGGGCCUCUGCCUCUGCUCUUUUCCAGCAUGACAAGCUUCGAUCAGUGAGGACCCGGGGGCUUGGGAAAUGGAGGAGGAGGGAUUGCAGUCAAGUGCUUCUUUGGGUUUUCAGUGACUGGGACAAAGUCAUCUGGACAAAAUGCAUUAGCUACCCUUGACUUCUUUGUUCGAAAUCAGGACAGAAGAUGAUAAAAUGAACUAAUUCUCUGAUAUAUCUUUUCUUCCUCCCUCUCUCCAUCCCUCCCUUCCUCAUUUUUUGGUGGUGCUGGGAACGUCCCCAAGGCCUUGCUCAUGCUGAGUGAGGGCUCUGCCGCUGAGUCUAGGCCCAGGCCUCUCCAGGUUUUAAAAUGGAGAUGGGUAAUAAAAGCCCAGCUCAGGUGACCAGGCAGGGCACAGCCAGUGUCAUUUUCUUUUCUUUGACCCUUUAUGGUGCCAACUCAAACAUCACCUUUUGUCCUUUGUUUCUUGGUCUGCAAAGACAGCUGUGUUGUGUGUACGUGUGUUGGGUCCUGGGGUUCCGAUAGAACAUAUGGCUUCUGGGCCAGCAGCAACCAGGUUAGUUAGCCAUACUCUGGAACCCCAUGUUCCCUCCCCAGCUUCUAGUUACCCCUCAAUCAAAGACAAAGACAGGUUGGCACAAUGAACAAGGCUGAUCCUGCCGCCCACUCGGUGGAGGGCUUCUGAGGCAUCCUACGAAACUCUGGUGUCUGUUUUGCCACCAGCCGCUUGCCCACACCAAUCCCGUGUCUCUUUGCAGCCAGGCUAUGUGCUUCUUUGGAUGCCCAGAGCCAAGGGCCGUCUGCAGUGAGUAGUAGCUGGGGCAGUGGCUUUGACCUGGGCCUUAACACCCCCAGCGGAUAGUGCGCUUGGCUGCAAGACUGGAAUCAGUUGCCAUUGUCUUUGGUUCUGUGACAUUUCCACUUGAAAGGGUGAAAUUCCCCUUCCCACUCCUUAGCGUCUAUGCCAACUUGUGAUGUCCCCGCCUGAUCUCCAGCUCCCAGGGUGCCGGGGUUGCCAUGUGAAGAGAUGCCCAUGUGGUAGAACCUAAGAGGUGUAGUUUGAAAGUGACCCCUGUGACGAUGACUUUUCUUUGCUUCCUCUCAGUGAGGGGGGUGAUUUGUAGAUCCUGACUGCCUAUGUGAUGUAAAUAGUGUACAUCUAAUUUAUUGCUAUGGUAGCACAUUGUAUUUGUUAAUGUAUAAAACAAAUUCUAAAAGGUUGAAAAUGUA